AUGUCCCAAAGGCGGCGUCGUAACGAAGAAGAUGGACCAGCCGCUUGGAGGGAUCCCAAGGACUCGGUUUAUGUCCCAAAGCCACAACCGCCGGUCCUCCGGAUUGAGGUGACCUGCUGCAUGUGGUGGUAUACUCGCCAAGCUUUCGAUACAUACGUCAGAGGCGUAAAGGAAGUUCCCCAGCGUUCGACUUCGCCUCAGCCUUCGCUCGGGGAUUUUUUCGACGAGACACCCGCAUAUGCCAUAUGCGUAAGGCUACUUAAGAACCUAUUCGUCCCUUUCGGGCACGUUGCCCCGGCCGCCGAUAGACGUUUCUCUUUGGGCGGCGACCAGCCGCUGACACCCUCUCCGACCAUGACCACAGUACCGACCAUCAUCAACGGGUGUACCUUCUACACGCCUGUCCCUCUUGUGCGCCCCUUUUGGCACCCCGGUCCGGGAAUCCCAUUUUACCAAGGGAACAUCCAUCCCCCCGCGACUUGGGGCCCAGUGCCAUACCCUAUGCAAGUCGCUCCAUUCUCGUACCCUAUGAGGAAGCCCGCACCUGCCAUACCAACUCGGGAGGAGCCCCCGCAGGUCGCCAACGAGAGGGCCAAGCUGAUCCAGUAUACCCGCGAGAUAAAGGGCAUGUUAAAUAUCGGCGACGAGGAGCCGAACCAGCAAUCCCCGCGGCGCCAGUCAACCAAGCUAAACGCGCCCGCCCCCGCUGCCGAAUACCGUGGGGCGAAUGUGUACGUGGGCAACUUGCCGCCAACGAUGACGGACGAACGCCUGAAAAAAAUGGGCAGUUCGUUUGGCGCAAUCGUCUCUUCCAAGGCGAUUGUUGUGCCGAAUACCAAAAUUUGCAAGGGGUAUGGCUUCAUCCUGUUUAAAAGCAAUAUUUCGAGCGCAGCCGCAAUCCACGGAUUGAAUCGCAUGGGAUAUCGUGCGAAAAUUGCAAGGGCUGCCCCUAACCAUGCGGCCCACUGA